CGGCGACGGGCUGAGCGCGGAGGAGCCUGCGCCCGGGCUCGCGCCACCAUGACGGGAAGCAACAUGUCUGAUGCCCUGGCCAAUGCCGUGUGUCAGCGCUGCCAGGCCCGCUUUGCCCCUGCGGAGCGCAUAGUCAACAGCAACGGGGAGCUGUACCACGAGCACUGCUUUGUGUGUGCCCAGUGCUUCCGGCCCUUCCCGGAGGGGCUCUUCUAUGAGUUUGAGGGCCGGAAGUACUGCGAACAUGACUUCCAAAUGCUCUUUGCUCCAUGCUGUGGAUCCUGCGGUGAAUUUAUCAUUGGGCGUGUUAUCAAGGCCAUGAAUACCAACUGGCACCCAGGAUGCUUCCGCUGUGAGCUGUGUGAUGUGGAACUGGCUGACCUGGGCUUUGUGAAGAACGCAGGCCGACACCUCUGCCGGCCUUGCCACAACCAUGAGAAGGCCAAGGGCCUGGGCAAGUACAUCUGCCAGAGGUGCCACCUGGUCAUCGAUGAGCAGCCGCUCAUGUUCAGGAAUGAUGCCUACCACCCAGAUCAUUUCAACUGCUCCCACUGUGGGAAAGAGCUGACUUCUGAGGCCCGAGAGCUGAAGGGGGAGCUGUACUGCCUGCCUUGCCAUGACAAGAUGGGUGUCCCCAUCUGCGGGGCCUGCCGCCGGCCCAUUGAGGGCCGGGUCGUCAAUGCGCUGGGCAAGCAGUGGCAUGUGGAGCACUUUGUCUGUGCUAAGUGUGAGAAGCCCUUCCUGGGACACCGGCACUACGAAAAGAAGGGCCUGGCCUACUGUGAGACCCACUACAACCAGCUCUUUGGGGAUGUCUGCUACAACUGCAGCCAUGUGAUCGAGGGUGAUGUGGUGUCUGCCCUCAACAAAGCCUGGUGUGUGAACUGCUUCUCCUGCUCCACCUGCAACAGCAGGCUUACCCUGAAGAACAAGUUUGUGGAGUUUGACAUGAAACCCGUGUGUAAGAGAUGUUACGAGCGGUUCCCACUGGAGCUGAAGAAGCGGCUGAAGAAGCUGUCUGACCUGACCUCCCGCAAGGCGCAGCCCAAGGCUGUGGACGUCAACUCUGCCUGAAGCCUUUUCCCACUCCCCCAAUCCUGGGAUCCCUGCCAUCUCCUGGUUGCUUUGGGCCCCUCUGCCCUUCUGGACUGCCUUUCCUUCUCAUUUUGCCCUCCCCUCUCUCCUAUCCACACAUCUUCCCUUUUCAGUCCCAUAGCUACACCUGCUCAGGUGUCUUCUCUCUUCCUUGCCAGCUCCUCACUUCCCUUCCAUGCAGAGAGAGGCCUACACAGCAAUCACAUCCACAUGCCCACAACCUUUAGGACAGAAGCAAGCUGUCAGGGUCACCCACCCCCUGCUCUCACCUGCCUGACAGCUGUCUUUCCCCACAGAGGACUUGUUGUUACCCACUCUCCUGUGGGGAUCUCAGUCUCAGAAUGGCCCUGCUAUAGCCAAGGCACAUGGGGGCCUUCAAGCCCGAGUGGCCUGCCCCAGCCUAUGCAGAUGGAGGCUUCAUCCCGCCUCCACCCUCGGUCUUGUAGAUUCCCUGAGCCCAUGCUGAGGUGGUAAGGUUCUGCCACGCCCACCCGCCAACCAGCUGGAGGGACAAGGACUCCCUUCAUCCCCCAACUCAGGAGGCCUUGCAGAGCUUCUGUCCUGGCUGCCUGCUCUAGCUGGAGUCAGUAUGGAGCCUCUAGAUAUGGUCAGGACCCAGCAAGUGAUAUAGAAAGGGAUGGCUCAUUCCCACACCUAGGGGAGACUCUUCCUCCACGACCAGAGCAGACGUGGCACUGGACUCACAUGUGCACAAUAAAAGCAGAUUCACA